UGGAAAGAGUUUUUAUCAAUCAGGAGACCUUAAAAGACAAGAAAUCCAGUCAGAUGAGAAACCUUACUCUUGUGCCAAGCGUGGUGUUCGGUGUUCAGAUAUAGCCUGCUCAACUCUGCAGUCCGCACUGCAGGGAGAUGGAAAGGAAGCGAGUGACUUCAUGUCGGAUUUUCAGUGUGUUUUCUUUCAGGGAGAACUUGGGAAUGCAGCCACAGUUUCAAGUACUUGCGAGCUCCAAGGCAGAAACUCACGUUGGACUGAAACGCAAGACGAGGAGCUUAUUGAGCUGUGGAGAAAACAAAAGUGCUUGUUUGAUCCAACCAUAGAGAGCUACCAUAACAAAAAACGAAAAUAUGAUAAGUGGAAAAAAAUAGCCGGGCAGCUUGGUAGAAAUGUUGAUGAGGUGCGAAAGAGAGCCACCUCCCUGCGCACCAUGUACGGGAAGCUGCUGCACUCCGACAGUCCCGGUGACUGCGAGGCCAAGCCCUAUACCGGCAGACAGAGGUGGCUGAUGCGGAAACUCGACUUCUUGCAGGGGUUUCUCAGACGUCGCUGUCAUGCACAAACCACUACACCAAGGCUGCAGAGCACUGUGCUCUCUUCAGAACAUGCAAGGCUAAGACGGGCCAGAGACCGCUUGUCUGAAAACCCGCUGGGAUCGUGUCGUCUUCACUUGGAGCCCCUCAACUCAACAGGACAAAACCCCUUGUCCACUUUGAAACCCAGCCACAUUAAAACAGAGAGCGAGGAGUGGAGGGACUUAUCAGAGCAGCGCUCUGACCAGCAGCCUUUUGGCAGGAAACGAGAGGAGAAGGCUGUCGAAAAUGAGCCUUACGAGUGCAUCGGCAAUGCAGGGAGCGCUCCCAGAACUGCUCUGAUCUGUGCUUCCUGA